AUGUCGACACCUCCCGUCAUUAAGUACUACGCCGCCAAGCUCGAUGGCCUGCACGCAGCCAUCAACGCCUACUGCUCGUCUCCCGAAAACAGCGACGCGCUGAGUUACCUCCCGGCGCACAUCCACACCCUCCUCGCCAAACACCCUCUCCCUCCUCCUCCCAUCAACGAGCGCAAGUUAGCGCGGUCACUUGACGUCAUUCGGACCCAAUGCGAUGGCAGCGACGACCCUUUGGCGGAUAUUCCGGACUACCUCGAGGGGCUGAUAGCGAGAUUCCCCCCUCCAGGGACCAAGGCGGAAACGCGGGAAAAGGGACAGGACAAGGAGGAUCCCCCUUUUACUGCAAAGGGGGGGGACGAGGUGGUCAGGGAGGAGGAGGCACUGCAUGCACUGCACGUGGGCGGGAAGGAGGAGCCAAAGACCGGGCCGGUGUUACUGGACGUGAUGUCCUACCCGCACGUCCUGCAGACCAUCGUCAGCUUCGGUGGCCGGGACGCAAACGCACGACUUUUGCGCUUGUCCAAGUGGUCACGAAACCUCCUCCUCCGCACGCUUUACCCCACCCGGCUCGUCGAUCCACUUCACCCUCCCUUAGCCCCUCUCGGCUUUGUCAACCCCGUCGAUUGGCCAAUAUUCCACUCUAGCUGGUGCGAUGCGCCGUCCCUCAAGGGGAAAGACUUGGAAUAUCUCCAGUCUCGCAUCUUCGACCGGAUGGACUCGCUAUUCCGGUCGCAUGAUCUCGACAACUGUCAGAUCAUCACCAUCGCCGAUCCGACCCUCUGGGCCAGGCAACUCGAACACAUCAAGGACGGUGACGAUCAUCCAGUGCGAAAGGUGGAGGUGGUGAAGAAGAAGAAGGGGAAAGCGAAGAAGGGCACGUCGGGAGAGGGCGAGGCUGCUUCAGGCCUGGCAGCGGAUGCCGGCCAGCUCGACAACGUGGCCAUCAGACCGGAAGGCGAUUGGGACUGGGCCAAACAUACCCAGUCCAAGAUAAUACGCCACAUCAUGGUCAUCGCAGAUUGCCUUCCCUCAGAGCACCUCGUCCUCCGCGUACCCCCCUCCUCCAACGUCGACCUCUGCAACCUCAUGACCCAGGCCGCACUCGUCCUCAACCCACAAAAGACGAUGCGUUACCUCACCCUCAUCUUCGGAAGCGGGAAUCACUUUGGCCUGCGCGCGAUAACACCCCGGAACAAAUUGACCUGGGACCGAGUCACCAUCGGCCUCGCCCCAUCGGAUGCUGGAGACUGGCAGACAGAGCACCACGCAGCCACCCUGCCAGGCGCAGUCGGUCAGCCUACUCCUCUUACACAGAACGCCUUGGCUCUCCCCAUCCUCCCCUUGCGGGCCGCGGCGACCUACAUGCUGGUGGGACUGGUGGGGAUCGCAGAGGCGAAAAACAAUAUGGAGGAAUACCAGGCGGCUGUGCGUCAAGCCGCUGCUACGCACUAUACCACUAUGACCCCGUGGCAUAUAGAAGGGGAGGCUCAGGCGAAGCUAGAGUUCAAGACGUACAAGGCGUGGAAGAGAGGGGCGACGGGGAUAGCAGGGACAGUAGCUUUGAUUUGA